AUGUCUCACUCUGCAAACUUUGUAAAUGUACAAUCUCCACCAUCAUAUAUUCAAUUAGCACAACAACAACAACAGCAACAACAACAACAACUACAACAACAACAACAAACACAAAACCCAACAUCUCCAACAUCUUUUUUAGCUCAGCAGCAAUAUAGUGGUAAUAUACCAACAACAGCAUCAAAUCAACAACCAUACCAACAUAUUCCACAACCAUACCAACCAAAUAUUUCAUCAAUAUUACAACCACUCCCAAUACGAUACAUAUAUGUUAAUCAACUUCCAUUAGCACAACAACAACAACAACUACAACAAAAUCAACUACAACAACAACCACCAAACGUAAUAUACCAGCAACAGCCACUUAUAGUACAACAACAACAACAACCAAAUACAGUACAACAACAGCAACAACAACCACCACAAACUAUACAGCAACAACCAAAUAUGGCACAACCACAACCACAACAAACUCAACAAUUUACAAUGGAACAAACUUUUCAAAAUAUUUUAAAUAAAAUUAAAGAUAAAUUUGAUAAAUUUACAACGAAUCAUGUUGGACAAGAUAAUAUUACAUUUAAUAAUGCUCAAUUACCAAUAGCAAAAGAAUGUAAUACAAUUUUAUUGAAAUUACAAAACAAUAGAAAUAUUCAUACAUCAUCAUUACCAUUCACAUUAACACCAGAGGUUUAUAAACCACCAGAGUUCUUUACAAAGGUUGAUAUUAUUCAAUAUCAUCUUAGUGGUUUAGCCUCAAUAUUAGUAUUGAUGAAAUUGUCACAAGUCGAUCCAUCAUUUGCUAAACAAAUCAAUUUAAUGACUGUAAAAUCAAAAUUUAUGAUUGAAAUGUUGGCAAAAAUAUUUCAACAACAACUAGAUAACCGUAAUAACAACAACAACAACAACACUAUGUCAAUGUCAAUUACAAAUUCAACAGUUUUAUCAUCACAAAAAAAUAAUAAUCCAAUAAUUAUUUAUUUUAAUCAACAAUUUGAAAAUAUUAAACAAUUGAAAGAUUAUUUUGAAACUAGUGAUAUUUCAUCAAAUGGUUUGGUAUUCUUUACUCAAACUCUAUUCUCAAUGUUAACUGGUAGAGGCUACUUUUGGUAUAUUGGGGAGGAGGUAACCAAACAAUUGAAAUAUAAAAUAUUUGAAACUAUCUAUGAUAAUCUCUUUCGAACCGUUAUGAAAUGCACAUCAGAGACAAAGUAUAAGUAUAAUUUAGGCUGUUUCUGCUAUUCUUACUUUAAGAUCAUUCAAUCCGAUCACCAAGUGACCUCUGCUAGAUUCGUCACACAGAAACCACAAAUUAAAGAUGAUCUCUACAAAUAUCUCUUACAUUAUCUUAGUCUUUCAAAUGAUCAACUUUCAAGAGCUUUAUCGGAUGUCCCAAUCUCCGAUUCCACAAUUUGGUUAAUCUAUGCAAAAACAUGUUGUCUAUUGAAUCAAGAAGAGAAGGCUCAAAUUUGGAUCCAAUAUUUCAUUAAUGAAGCUACUGAUAGGGUAACAGCUGCUGCAAUGAUUCAAUUGGAUGAAGAUAUUGCUCAUUAUCAUUCAAAAUCUUGGUAUGUUGAUAUUAUGAAAUCAAUUGAAGAAGAGAAAAAGAAAAGAAUUGAAGAAGAUGAUCGUUUAAAUAAACAAAGAAAGCAACAACAACAGCAACAACAAAGUAAUUCAUCAUCACCACAUAUUGUUGGAGGACAUGUUCAAGAUCAGUAUAGUGAAAUUAAAACUAAUUUAUUAUUGGAGGGUUUAGUAUUAAAGAAUAUGAAUCAUGAUGCUUCAUUGAUUAGUUCAAAUGUUUUAUUGAAUCUUCAUCCAUUACCACAAUCAAAAGAGGUGCAAAUCGCUCAACAACGUUUGAAUGAACGUUUGGAACUUUAUAUGCUAAAGAAUAGUAAAGAGAUACCAGGUGAUGGCAAUUGUCAAAUGCAUGCUUUAUCCGAUCAGUUGUAUGGUGAUUUAUCUCAUUCUCAAGAAGUUAGAAAAACAAUUGUCGAUUGGUUAAGAAAGAAUAAAGAUUUUCAACUUCCAAAUGGUGCUACCAUUUGUCAAUUUGUAAAUACUAAUAAUUGGGAUGACUAUUGUAACGAUAUGUCAAAGAAUGGAAAUUGGGGUGAUCAUUUAACUCUCUUGGCUGCUGCUGAACAUUUUGGUUCAAAGAUUUCAAUCAUCUCUUCUGUUGAAAGUCAAAGUAACUUUUUCAUUGAAAUCAUUCCAUCUAAAAUUUUAAAUGAUAAAGUUUUAUUAUUAUCUCAUUAUGCUGAAUUUCAUUAUGGUUCUUUAUGUCCAUUAAGAUAA